UGAAAACAACAGUAGUAAAUACUGAAACAUAUUACAUGGCCUUAAGAGACAAACACACCAGAGUUCUACUAAUAUAAAUUGUAGCCAUGUGUAAAUAAAGUAGCGUAAAUGUCAUAUAUGUUAAAAAAUAAUGCAAAUCCUAUGAUAUUUUGUAAAUUGUGUGGAGUUUAUAGUAACUAAUUUUUAAAAGCACGUGUGUAGCAAAUGCCGUGGAGAACAUGUGUUAGGUUUUCUUAACCUUUAAGUAUCUUUUUCUAUUUAAGUAUUUUGAUUGUAAGUUUUGAUCAUCCAAAUUUUUGAAUGAAAAUGUUUAUUUUUUUCCUUUUAAUUGCUAUAGCCAAAUUUUAUUAGUAAAUUUUAAAUUAUUUUAGAAAGUCACUUUCACCUACAAUAUAACUGACCACCUCCACCCGCGACUAAAAGUGUAAUUUACUCGGGGGAAAAAAAAACAAAACCCAAUAGAUCAUUUUUCCUUCAAUCUCUAUCCAAAAAAAUCCUUCCUCUCUAAUGGCUUCUCAACCCCACGAACUCCACAUCUUCUUCUUCCCCCUCAUGGCCCCGGGCCACAUCAUCCCCAUGCUCAACCUUGCCAAGCUCUUCGUCCUUCGCGGCGUCGGCGCCACCGUUCUUGCAACUCCCACAGCCACACCCUUCCUCCGCGACACCAUCGACAGGGCUCGCGACUGCGGCUACUCAAUCAAUCUCCUCCUAUUACCUUCUUCUUCAAAUGGUGCCGAGAACCUCACGUCUCCAGAGAUGUCCCCCGAGUUUUUCACGGCCCUCGAGAGCUUCCGCCAGCCGCUCGACCGAGUCCUCAGAGAGCACCGUCCGUCGUGCAUCGUCUCCGACAUGUUCAUGCCGUUCACAGAAGAGGUCGCUAAUGCUCUCAACAUACCAAGGCUCGUGUUCCACUCCAUGGGUUUCUUUCCUCUCUGCGUUAUGGAUAGCGUAGAUCGAAGUAUAUCGAACGGAAGCAUUAGUAGUACAAACGACGAUAAAGAUACCAUAGAAGUCCCCGGGCUACCGCAUCGCAUAGAGAUGAAGCGGUCGCAGCUACACAACUCCACGGGUGCAAGAAACGGAUUUAGCGAGUUCAUGGAAAGAGUUAAAGAAUCCGAGCUUAAGAGCUACGGUGCGGUGGUGAACAGCUUCUACGAGCUGGAACCGGAGUAUGCGGACCACUACCGCGAGACAACGGGACGUAAAGCAUGGUGCGUCGGACCUCUAUCUCUAAUCGACGACAAAGCGGCAGCGGAAGCACAACGCGAUCGUGUCAUCGCGUGGUUAGAUUCGAAGCCGCAGCGUUCGGUGGUGUACGUUUGCUUCGGGAGCCUGUCGCGCCUGACCGCGCCACAGCUGCGCGAGAUCGAGUGCGGGCUGGAGAGCUGCGGGCAUUUUUACGUGUGGGUGGUGAGAAGCAGGUACGACAGCGAAUGUCGUAGCAACGAGAAGGGCAUGAUCGUGGAAGGGUGGGCGCCGCAGCGGGCGAUACUGCAGCACGCGGCGGUGGGGGGGUUCGUGACGCACUGCGGGUGGAACGCGGUGAUGGAGAGCGCGGAGGCUGGGGUGCCGAUGGUCACGUGGCCGAUGUUCGCGGAGCAAUUCUACAACGAGCGGCUGGUGGUGGAGGUGGCGGGGAUUGGGGGAUGA